GCCCCGGCUGCCGCUGGGGCUGGCUCAGUGCGAGCUCGGGCGCGGGGAGCGGGCGGAGGCAGCAGCGGCAGCGCGGAUACGCAGCGCGGCUCGCCCCUUCCCCGCGCGCCCCCCCGGGCUGACGCAGCGCCCCCGCGCCGCUCUCGGCACCCGCCAGCGGCCGCCCGGGCGGCUCCGGGCAGGGCCGGCGGCGACUCCUCGGCGGCGGGGAGCCGCGGAGAGGCGAGGGCUGCGGCGGCGGCGGGCGGAGCAGCCAUGUUGGAGCGGGGAAUAAAGUGACUUUCCUCGGGGCGGGAGCGCGGCCGGCGGCCCCGGCGGCUCUCGGGGCAGCGAGGGGAGGGGGGCGCUCGGCUCCCGGCGGCGGCGUCCGGAUACCGCUGGCGGGCGGAGGAGGAGGGGAAGGAGAAGGGGGAGAGGAACCGCCCCCGGCCCCACGGAGCUCCGGCGCUGCUGGCUUCCUUAAGCCAGACUUAAUAUUGAUAGAAUGAAAAAGUUUAAGAGGAGACUUUCAUUAACCUUGCGUGGAAGCCAGACCAUUGAUGAAUCGCUGUCUGAGCUAGCAGAACAAAUGACAAUUGAAGAAAACAGCAGCAAAGAUAAUGAGCCCAUUGUGAAGAAUGGCAGGCCUCCAACGUCUCACAGUAUGCACUCGUUUCUCCACCAGUACACAGGAUCUUUCAAGAAGCCCCCUUUACGGAGACCGCAUAGCGUCAUAGGGGGCAGCCUCGGCUCUUUCAUGGCAAUGCCUAGAAAUGGGAGCAGAUUAGAUAUUGUUCAUGAAAAUCUGAAAAUGGGGUCAGAUGGUGAAAGUGACCAAGCUUCUGGAACAUCAUCUGAUGAAGUUCAGUCUCCCACAGGCGUCUGUCUUAGAAACCGGAUACACAGGCGAAUCUCUAUGGAGGAUCUGAACAAGCGUUUGUCACUGCCUGCUGACAUCCGGAUACCUGAUGGCUAUCUUGAAAAGUUGCAGAUUAACAGCCCACCAUUUGAUCAACCAAUGAGUCGACGCUCUCGUAGAGCAUCACUAUCAGAAAUUGGAUUUGGAAAAAUGGAAACCUAUAUCAAGUUAGAAAAGCUUGGAGAGGGUACUUAUGCAACAGUUUAUAAGGGGAGAAGUAAAUUGACAGAGAACCUGGUAGCUCUGAAAGAAAUUCGGCUGGAACAUGAAGAGGGAGCACCGUGCACAGCCAUAAGAGAAGUGUCAUUAUUGAAAGAUCUGAAACAUGCAAAUAUUGUGACAUUACAUGAUAUUGUUCACACAGACAAGUCUUUGACUCUUGUUUUUGAAUAUCUGGACAAGGACCUGAAGCAGUACAUGGAUGACUGUGGUAACAUCAUGAGUAUGCACAAUGUAAAGCUGUUUUUAUACCAGAUUCUUCGUGGCUUGGCAUACUGUCAUAGGAGAAAGGUGUUGCAUCGAGAUCUGAAGCCACAAAAUCUACUAAUUAAUGAGAAAGGAGAAUUGAAGCUAGCAGACUUUGGUUUGGCUAGGGCGAAGUCUGUUCCUACAAAGACCUAUUCCAAUGAAGUUGUCACGUUAUGGUACAGACCACCUGACGUUCUCCUGGGAUCCUCGGAGUAUUCAACUCAAAUUGACAUGUGGGGUGUUGGAUGCAUAUUUUUUGAAAUGGCAUCAGGAAGGCCUCUCUUUCCUGGUUCAACUGUUGAAGAUGAACUGCACUUAAUUUUCAGACUUCUGGGAACUCCAUGUCAAGAAACAUGGCCGGGCAUUUCUUCCAGUGAUGAAUUUAGAAACUACAACUUUCCUAAAUAUAAACCGCAACCCCUAAUCAACCAUGCACCAAGGCUGGACACAGAAGGAAUUGAAUUGAUAGCGAAGUUUCUUCAAUAUGAAUCAAAGAAGAGAAUUUCAGCAGAAGAGGCCAUGAAACAUGCGUACUUCAGAAGUCUUGGCACAAGGAUACACACUUUGCCUGAAAGUGUUUCAAUAUUCAGUCUAAAAGAGAUUCAGUUGCAAAAAGACCCUGGCUUUCGAAAUUCCACUUACCCAGAGACAGGACAUGGGAAGAACAGAAGGCAGAGCAUGCUUUUUUAAAGCGGGUGAUGCAGAGUCAAGCCGAAGCCUAUCCUGUCAGUCAAGGACUCGGAUCUGAAGGCAGUUCUCUCUUUUGGUGGACUUGGAAUCGCAGUUUGUCUACACUGUCCUCUUCACAGUGGAGUCUUUUUAUUUCCAACCUGCAGAUUAUGUUUUUAUAUUUGUUGUCACAGUGUGACAAUUUUUUGUACAGUUGGUUUUAAGGUCUCCUCUGCCACUAGAGCCAGUAGGUUACAGCUGUUGAUGUAACUGUAGCUGCAAUUUUUGUGCAGGACUGAGAAACACAGUGCAUUAUUUAUUGCGGAAUCAUUGCUGCUAGAUAACUGCUGUCUGUAUAGUUAACACAACAGUUCCAUGCCUGAAGAAGUUGCAAUGGCUUUAUAAUAUGUGAAUGCAUCUGUUUCUCUUCAUAAAAUGUUCUACUGCUGCGGGGUUUUUUGUAUUUCUUAAACUGCAGUGUUUCCUGGAAUGUAAACAUAGCUUUGCUUGGCUAUAGGUGAACCAUCCUUAACGCUCUGAGUUCAUGGCACUUAAUUCCUUAUUUAACAUUGGAAGUAUGUGUUAAAAUAGUUGAAAAAUUAUAAAGCAUAUUAUGUUUUUGAAAAGCACAUGGUGUGAAAGUUGAUUCAAACAAGUGAACAGUUAAAUAUUACUUGCUCUCAGAUCCUAUAUUAGUUACUGAGAAAUCAAAGCAUGGAGACUGGUUGGUAAAUUGUGUCAGGGUCACUCCAGCAUACAGUAUUUGCACGUUAUUGUGCAUAUGGGGCCUGCAGAAGCAAUGACUUUUUUACCUUUUUUUUAACUUAGAAAUACAAUUAGUAAAAAGAUAAUUCAUACACAUUAUACCCUGGUUUACUUUUGAAAUUUAGAAUCUUCUCAUUACAGAAGAACAGGAUAACUAGUGACGAGAGUAUGGGAAUAAUGUCACUUUUUCCCAUCUCGUUGCCCUCCCAUUUCUACAUUUUUCACUUGAAAUCAACUGGAAAGAUGCAAGUUUGUACUUGAUAAGAACUCACUAUGCUACAGAGCUUUUAAAACGGGAACCUAGAGAGUUUUUCAGAUCUUAGGUGUUAUCUGUUUACCAGAGAUAGUAAACAUGUUACUACUAUGCUUAUGCAUCUCAGUGAGUAUCAUAAGUACACCCUUGGUGAUGGUUACAGUAUUUUUAAGCAUUUGUGUUCACCUUUAUGAACUUAUUUGUUUAGUGCAUCUUAAAGAGACUGUAAAUCUUUAUUGGUAUAUUUUGAAAUGGUCAUGUAAAUCUUUGGCUGGUAUAUCAUGAAAAUAGUCAUAGGUAACUUAAUUUUUUCCUGACAUUCACUGUAAAACAUUCAGGGGUCCUACCAUUUCUGUUCAGGAAAUCUUGUAGUCUAUUGUUAUUUAACAGUAUUAAGUGAAUUUUUGUAUAUUUCAUUUUAACUUUAUUUGUGAAUAGUGAUUGUGGCAUGUUUGGGGGUGUUUUAUUAAUAUUUCAUUGAUACUGGUAAAUUUGAAUUGGGACUUUUUUAUUUUCUGGAAGAGAGAAAUUCACGUGUAAUGGUGACUAUUGGACCACUACUGCUUUUCAGCAUUUGUAAACCGGUUUUACGUUAAAUCUUGUAGACCUAACAAACUGCUGUUAUUUCUAACUGACCGACCUGUAUUAAUAUUGUACUUUUGAAAGUAUAAAUAUUAUGUGGAA